AUGGGAUAUGUUGGCUGGAUAGGAACCUUCCAGGGGAUCAAAAAUGAUUCUCGGCGUGGUGUGUUCGAGAGCGAGUUGGUAAAGGAACUCCGUGCGUUGGGUGCAAUCUUGCACUGUAAAACCGCUGUGCCGGCUACGCUCAUGAUUGGAGAAACGGUCAAUAACAUCAUCGACUAUACAUGGAAUCCUGCCAACCGCAAUCUUUCUAGUGGCGGAAGCUCUGGCGGAGAAGGGGCACUUAUUGCUCUAGGAGGCUCUGCAGCGGGAUUCGGCACCGACAUUGGUGGGAGUGUCCGCAUCCCAUCGGCUCAUAAUGGUUUAUAUGGCAUCCGCCCGUCUGCUGGUAGAAUCCCUUAUGAGGGCGCUGCCAAUUCAAUGGAUGGGCAGGGUUCAAUUAUUUCGGUUAUCGGGCCUAUGGCCAAGAGCGCUCGAGAUCUGAAGCUUAUCUUUAAAGCUGUACUUAGCCAGCAACCAUGGCUUCAUGAUCCCAUGGCGAUUGAACUCCCAUGGAGGGAUGAUAUAGAGCGUGAAACCCUGGCAUUAAUAAACAAAAGCCGUCAGGGUUCAGGGGCGUUGGCCUUUGGGAUUGUUUAUCACGAUGGCUCAUGUAAACCGCAGCCACCGGUUGUCCGUGCACUGAAGAUCAUGGAAAAUACUUUGACGCGGCUUGGUCACAAGGUCAUUGAAUGGAAGCCUCCAAGUCAUGCGAGAGCAGCGGAACUAGCGGUAUGUACAUCCUUUGGAAUUCAACUGGGGGGUCAGCGGCUGAUAUUCUUCUUGCAAAAGCACACAAUAUACAGCUUUGAUAACGGCGCAGAUGCUCGGAACCAUUUCGGUUUAUCGGGUGAAAGAGUCGCGGCAUUCGAUUAUGUCUACGAAAAUAAUAACCCGCAAUUGAACGCCCAAGAAAUUGCAGCCGUGAACGUGUCCAAGCGCGAAUAUCAAAAGGAAUAUAUGGAAUAUUGGAACAGUACUGCAUCGCAAACAGGCACGGGCCGUCCAGUUGACGGGUUUAUCUGUCCGGUUGCACCGUAUGCGGCGCCCACACGGGGGGGAUCCUAUUACGUGGGAUAUACCAGUUUCGUGAACCUUCUGGAUUAUAGUGCUAUCGCGAUUCCCGUCACAAAGGCAGACCAAACGCUAGACGUCGCAGAACAAAACUAUAUUCCAUUGAACGAAGCUGAUGCCCUUGUUUAUCAGAGCUACCACGCCGAAUUGUAUCAUGGCACGCCGGUAGGAUUGCAGCUCGUAGGGAGGCGGUACCAAGAGGAGAAACUGGUCAUGCUUGGGGAGUACAUUGGCGAGGAGCUGAGAAAGGCACAAUUCCCAACAGCAUCCCAGUCGAGCCUUUGA